GAGCGCAUGUCACGCAUUCUCAUCGCCCAGCUGCAUCUUAAUUCCAUUUCUAUCUCGAAUCUUCUUUCUUCUCUCAACUUGCUAUUCAUCACUUUCCAUCUCCAAUCCAAACCAUCUACCAACAAUGUCUUACGCUUCUGUCGCUGGCCACAACGUCCCGUUCGGCGAGAUGCCCCAACCCGACCCCAACCUUGCUGAAGGUUCCACUGCUACUGACGAGGUAUGUUGAUCUCACGCUUUUUCUCUCUAUCCCUUUCAUCCCCUAAAUCGACCGUCCAGGCUCCCGCUCCCGUGGCCCCCUCUGAGCCGCCUCUUUCCGUGGAGCUCCACCCCCCUCCCGAGCCGGAGCCUUCGGUCUCGGAUGUUGCUCCCAAACCCGUUUCUCCUCCCCCUAAAAGUAGUGUCCAUCUUCCCGAGAGCGGCGCUCAGUGGGAAAAACAACAGGACAUCAAGAAGGAGCAACAGGAGCUCAAGAAGAAGGGCAAGGCUUUGAAGAAGGAGGCCAAGGACGAAUUUGAGCAGGCCGAGAACGCUUUGGCUCCUUACUGGGAGAAGACCAAGGACGUCGUCCUUCGACCUGGUACUCUUGGUGGUCUUUUGGGUGUUGUCAACGUCGGUAUCCUCGGUACUGCCGGUUACUUUGCCUACACGAGGAAGAACCAGCCUUGGGAUCAGCGACUCGUCGGUGGCGCUGUUGCCGGUACUCUUGCCCUUUUCGGUGCUGAAGGCUACCUUGCCGACUCUUACCUCUCCACCCCCGAAGGCCAAGCUGAGGCCGACCGAGCCAAGGCUGAAGGUUCCAAGCUCUACCUUCAUGCCAAGGAGGUUAUUCUUCGUCCCCAGGUCGCCGGCGGUCUUGUCGGUGCUGUGAAUGUUGCCAUCCUCGGUGCCGUCAGCUACUUUAGCUACCAGAACUGGAACAGGCCUUGGGACAGGCAGAUCGUCGGUGGUGUCGCCGCUGGGCUCGUUGCUCUCAGUGGUCUUGAGGGUUGGGCCGGUAAGAAGUACAAGGACGAGCAGCUCUAGAUACCAACAUUGCUGUCAGGCAAUCAAUGAAGAAACUGUUGAUUUGAUGGUGGCGAGUUGAUGUAUAUUGUACUGCUAUUCCUCUCUCCAUUAACACAUUGAAAUACAAGUGCAUGCAAUAGCCUUCAUUCCUCGUCAAGGCGGCUCAAGAUGUCACAUGAGACUAGUCGGGACGUAUCAUGUACAAGUGCCGGAGAUGGCUUGGGUGCUGCGUCUUGCAGGGGCAGGCAAAAGGAUUGGCUAUGAGUUCUCAC